AUGCUGGAUGCAGCCUUGUUGGAAACCCGUGGUGGUGCUUGGGGAUUUGGUCGCAAGAAGAAACAACAGCCACAAACCAAUGAGACAGAUACUGAUACUACCAACACUACCACAGCAACAGAAGACGUAGUAGUCACAGUGAGUCCCCGAGAAGAAGCAGCUCAAUAUCGAUCCGAAGGAAAAGCCAAUCAUGACAAUGGAGAAUUCAUAGCAGCUGCCGAACAAUUUCAAACAGCGGCCAAUCUACUGGAGAAACUAUUAAAGGAAGAUGGAGAAGAAGAAUCAACUAGUACUACGGGUUCCUUUAUCAUUGACAUUGACACCAUUGACAAGAGUGAUCUACGGGACGAAUGGGCCACGUGUCGGUUGCACGAAUCGCUCUGUCACCUCAAAGCCGAACAAUACGACCAAUGCAUCGAAGCCUGCAAUGCUCUCGUGGAUCAAAAUGACGACAGUUGUGCUCCCGUAUUUCGGGCACGGGCAUAUCACCGACGAGCCAAAGCCAAACUCGCAUUGGACGACACGGAUGGAGCCUUGCUGGAUGCUCGAUCGGCAGCCUUUUUGGGGGACCGAAAAGCCGUCACAUUUUAUGGAAAGCUGCUACGGGAAACAGGCGGUGGGAUCGCGGCCGAAAAUCCACUGGAAGCCAUGUUUUCGUCGUCCGGUAGUAGUGGUAUGGAAGCACCACCCAUGGAUUCCUUGAUGGGGUCACUCUUGAGCAAAAGUUCUCUGAUGGACGGUGCAGCUGGAUCGGAUCCCGGUACUGACUUUUUGACGUCCUCCUUGUUGGGAUCUUUGGGUGGUGGCACCCCCGAUGGUGGUGGAUCCUUGGCCAAAUCAUUGCUCAAAAACUUGUCCAAAAAGCUCGACGAUGAAUCGACUCAUGAUGGGAUUUGUCGGUACCUGCAAUCCGCCAAUGCGUUACAGCUCCAAUCCAUGUCUAAAAUGGCAGGCAUUGAAUUGUCGUCGGAUCAAGCCUCCCGAUUAAUCAACAUGGCACAUGGUGUGACACCCAAAACGAUUCGGUUUACCGUCAAGAACACCAAACGAGCCAUUUGGGGCGUUCAAUUGAUCCGUAAAACCAUGGCCUUGCUGUCCAAGUACAGGCAUAUUCUAUUCUUGUUGGUAUUGCUGCAAUGGACCAAGAGUGCCGUCUUUCGACCCAUUCCGGUACCCAAAGGUGCCAAAGUAGUGCCGCCACCCAAAAUUGCCACGAAACCUGGAGUACCCGUCAACAAUAACAACAAUAAUGGUCCAGGAGCAGCAGCUGCUAAUGGCAAGAAGCCAGUGACGCCAGGUUUACUGAACAACAAUCCGAUGGGAGGAGCCAGAGAACGACUGGCAGGGCUAAGAUGA